CGCCGUCGCCCUCCCUCUCUGCCACAUCUCUGCCCACGCCGUCGUCGCCACUAGCUUAGUCGUACGAUGGCCAUCAUCAGGCUCCCUGCUGCCAUCCAGCUCCUUUCAUCUACGAUCUGCCUCAUCGUCAUCCUAAAUGCUGCCUCGCACGUUGAGUCUGCUCGGACCUCGGGCAGCUUCCACUGGUACAAUGGGCUGUUCGUGUUUGGCGACUCCUUCGCCGACACCGGGAACUUCCCCAAGGCAAAUUUGAGCCAAGUUACCCGUCAGUGGUACAAACCCUACGGCAGCUCCCAUGGGCUUCUCCAGGAUCCAACCGGGCGCUUCUCCAACGGCUUUGUUCAAUCGGAUUUCAUCGCAAAGAUUCUGGGGCGCACCGUGGCCCCCGAGACCUACAGGGAUACGAAAGAGAACAACGGGGACAAGUUCGGCGUGAACUUCGCCGUGGGCGGUGCCGGCGUGUUCGAGGUGCCGCGCAAGGCGCCGACCCUAGCCCAGCAGAUCGACUCCUUCAAAAAGAUGCUCGACGGUGGGGACAUCGGGAAAUGGCAGCUCAAGGAGUCCGUCGCGCUGGUGGCCAUCUCCGGCAACGACUACGCGCGCGUCGCCAACAUGAGCGGCGAGAGCGAGAUCCUCGACUUCAUCGGGAACGUGACAGGUGAGAUCGCCAGGGGCGUGGAGCGGCUGCGGAAGCUAGGUGUGACUAGGGUCCUCGUCAACACCCUGCACCCGAUGGCCUGCACGCCAUGGCAAACCAGGCCGUCCAACUACACCGAAUGCAUGGGCCGCGGCAACCUGGCCGCAUUGUUCCACAACAGCGACCUCGCGGAGAAGCUGAAUGCUUUGAGCAGCGAAAAUGUCUACCUUCUCAACCUCCACCGGGCUUUCACCAACAUCGUCGAUCCAUCUGAUCCCCAGGAUAUCCCGCAGGUGGCAAAGCAGUUCAUCAAGAACAAACUGAAGCCAUGUUGCUACAGCUUCGACCCAAAUGGCUACUGCGGGCAGGUGGACGAGGACGGAGGCGCCCUGUACAGCGUCUGCUCCCACCCUGAGAAGUACUUCUUCUGGGACGACGUGCACCCCACUCAGGCUGGAUGGGAGGCCGUCAUGGGGCAGCUGGAAAAGGACAUCAAGGAUUUCCUCCACAUUACCUACUAGUUAUGCUAGCAGGCAUGGGUUGGCCUCUUCCGGUGCUCUUUGAGUCGUCUGUUCUAGGUUAAGGUUUGGCACUAUAGCUGGCUCGUGCCAUGCAUAUUAUCAAUUAGUUGUCAUGUGUUAGCAAGGUAGUUUCUUCCGUCAAUGGCGAGUCGUCAUCUGUUGGAUUAUCCAUGGAUCGAUCAGGUUGCAAUGAAUUAAUAGACAUCUUGUUCAUCGAAUCAUUGGUUAUUAUUGAGUUCUC